UUAACCUUGACACCGCAUCAUUUUUCAUUAAAUUUCCUGAGUGUUCGUAAGCUUCUUUAUAUUUUGACGAUUUGUACAAUGAGACGAACUGUGCCCAGCUAAGCUAUGAAUCUACGUUAAGGUUUACUCACGCAAUCUCUCGUGUCACCCACUGUGCGCUGGGGGAGCCAUCAGCUGUGGUAGUCUGGGCCCACAUGUUUGCUCAUUUUUGAUUAUACUUCUGUAUACUUCUGUAUGUGUGUGUAUCUUCUUCAUACACGCAUUUAACAAAUACGCUCUUAAGUAUUAAAUAAAAUCGCUCAGAGGCAAGAUGUUCCGUUCGCUGUUCGGAGCAACAAAAUACGGCUUUUCAAGGCCAGAUUACUUGACUGACAUUAGAAAGUUAGGGAGUCCGGCACAGCCAUGGCGAGCGGCAGUUUUCAUUUUUAUUUACGAAGACGGCAAUACUCGCCACCCACUCACAUAAAAGAGUCGGCGGUGCCAAACGAAUCGGGCACAAUGGCGGAGGUUAAGCAGACAAUGAUGAAGCGCUUGGGCCUGGAGCCGGGCUAUCAGCCAUUGCCUAAGUCGCGCGAGCAUCUGCUUAAGUACCAGCCGAAGCUGGCGGAUUUGCCGCCUCGGGCCAUGCAGGACUCCUUUACGUCUGCGAUUAUACCGCUGAGCACAGAUCGCGUGCUACAGGAUAAAUAUGUAACUUAUCUGGGGAAUGUACGGAUGGGCCGAUUACUGGAGGAUAUGGAUAUGUUUGCGGCUUGGUGUUGCCACAAACAUUUGGCCGUGCCUCAGCUGCCAGCGGAUGUGCAUCUGCCGUACACCUUCGUCACCAUACUGGUGGAUCGCAUCGACUUCACGAGCACGGUGGCGAAGGGCACCGAGGAUAUUCGGCUGUCUGGCCACGUCUCAUGGGUAGGCACCAGCUCUAUGGAGGUCGUUGUCUGGCUGGAGCAAAAGCAGGAUGGCAGCUAUAAGAAGUUGACACGCGCCCUCUUCCUCAUGGCCGCGCGCAAUGCCACCAACUCUGCGGCCGCACCCGUCAAUCCUAUUCAGCCUGCAAACGAAGAGGAGAUAAAAAUACUGGCCGGCGGAAUGGAUCGCAAGCGCCAGCGUCAGAUCAUCUGCGCCCAGUCCAUUUUCAAGGUGGAGCCAAACGAUCCGGAGCAGACACUUAUGUACGAGCUCUACAAACGGACCACACCCACCGAUACCAUGGAGCUGAAUAAACGCAUUUUGCCGCCCAAUAGCCGUUGGAUGUCCGACUCAUAUCAAAUGAGCACUGUGCCGUCGUUCCCGGAAAACCGCAAUCAUCAUAAUCGCGUCUUCGGCGGUUUUCUCAUGCGCACUGCCCUAGAGAUCAGUUGGGCUGCUGCGUUCCUUUACUGCAAGACACGUCCUAAGCUGGAGCACAUUGCAGACAUUAGCUUCGAGAAACCCGUUAGCGUAGAUUCCUUCAUCAAAAUGACCGCCUAUGUUGUCUACACCAAGCUAAACUACAUGCAGAUCAUGACAGUGGCAGAGGUCAUUGAUACGAGCUCUGGCGGGGACCGCAACCAGACGACCAAUACCUUCUACUAUACAUUUUCGGCUCCCGACACUGUCACUGAGGUGCUGCCACGCUCCUAUCACGAGACCAUGUGGUACAUACAAGGCCGUCGCAAGUUCCAGUAUAGCAUGGGAUUAAAUUAGAGAGAUAACACGUUUACGAUGCCGACUCUAAACACCCACUGUAACUAAUAUCUGUAACCAUGUUCUCUCUGCACUCUCCGAUGAAGAAAGUCGUGCUUUUUAGUUCAAAUACUGGAAAUAGUAUUCAGCAUUUUCUGCUUAUUCUUAGAAAUUUUAGUUGAGAAAGUUCGAAUAGCAUUUGUUUAAAAGACUAACAGCUCUACUCUUCAUAGGCUUAUUAAAUUGAUAUUGCUUGUGUGUUGCAUAAACUAGCUUAAUUGUUA